AUGUCAAGAAUAAUUGUGGUUUUCAUCACUAGCAGACAGGUCUGGAUUGGAGCAAUGAGGAGACAAGGACAAAAAUUAGAAAUGGUGAAAUGGAAAUCACAGGAGAGCAAUGGCCUGUCGUUUUAUAUGCAGAAUGCUUUCAAGCAUAUUUUUGUUGCACUAUCAUCAGUUUAUCCAAACACCAAAUCUUACAUUACUCAUUCUGGAAAUGUGAAACUUCAUGGAAUGAUGAACAUCACUCCUGGUUCACUUGCUUGUACAGCAACACAGGUUUGGUUUGCCUUGUCGGCACAAUCCAUGUUCUUGCGGAGUCACACAGUCACUGACUUAGAAGGUUUUUAUAACAGUAUCCUGGACUUGCUCAAAGAUCUAGAUGAGAUAGAAGAAGUCAAUGCACUCCUGGCUUGGUGGAACUGGCGAGCUCCCAAGAAUAGUGCCCUGGCUAAAAUCAGAGAAAAGUGUGCUUUGUUGAAAAAGCAGGUUGAGUCUCGUAGUGGCCACUCAUGCAAUGUCAGCGGGGAUAUCUAG